GUUCACUUGGCCCGGAACCGAUCAAUCAUCACGGUACCGGGCUGCCGGGGCGGCAAAUACGAGAGGCAAAGUGGGCCCCUUUUCGGCAUUUGCGCCAAUCUCAGCUCAACAUCGCAGUGCUGCGCUUAACGUGGCAGUGCUUCUCGUAUCCCCUUCCAGGGCAGCACGCAGAUCUUCGUGUAGUUACGACGUCGACCUGGUGACAUGACAAGCGGGUGGAAACAAUGCUUCAUUGUUGUAUAAAGGCAGAAAUGCACGAAGACUUCCUGACUGGACUCUUCUGCCUUCACAUCAGCAUCCUCACAAUCAUCAUCAGAUAAAGCAUCAAGCUCUCCCGCCAGCUCAAAUCCGAUCGCUUUCUCAUAAAUCAACGACUCCAACCACCGCAGUCAAACCACCAUUUUCAGCACUCCUUAAACUUAAUCACCAAAAAUGCAGCUCACCACCGCCCUCCUCUCCCUCUUCGCCGCCUCGGCCCUGGCCGCGCCCACAAACGGCUCGUCUUGCACAGCUCCGACACGCAAGUUCACCAUCAUGUCCCUGCGCUCCGCCUCGCCGAUCCACUUCGCCAAAGCCGGCGCCCACGAGAACAAGCUCGCCCUGAACCUCCCACAAGACAAGCUCGACGCGCAAUGCGCCGACGGCAACUCCCGCGCCGACGCCACCUUCUACAUCAAGGACAGCGAGCUGUACCUCUACGGGCCCAAGGACAAGGUGCAGCAGGUCUUUGUCGACCGUUCUGGCAUGGGCCAGGGGGUACUGCAAUACUUCAACAAGGGCGAGACGAACCCCCCCAGCAAGGCGGAGCUGAAGGGCUGGGCCGUGGACGCCAACGAUAACCUGACCUUCAACGGCUCGGGCCUUCUCGCGUGCCCCAGCACGACCGACUCAUCCUGGUACAUCUGGGUCUCGGUCGGCGUCGACAAGCCCGCGGGUCAGGAGGGCUGCGUGGGUUUCUCGGCGCGCACCGUCACCAAUGCCAACCCCGUCAAGUGCACUUACAGCACCCACGCUUGAGAGGUCCACGGGGAAGGUCUUUUCUCUCUCUUGACUGGACUGGCAAUGAUGGCAUGGCCAACUGAUUUCCAGUUGAGGGGCUGAAUUGGGACAUGGGCUCGCAGUCAAUGAUGCGGAAUAGAAAGGAUAAGGGAGGCUUCGUUUUCAACAUGUCAAUACUUCCCGUAUAUUUUCCCCUAAUCUUUAUGCAUGGAGGAGUUUAGGAAUGCUUUGAGUAUGUAAAUAGAGGCCACGAUCACAAAUAGAGCGACACCAGAGCAUUGAUAACAUACGUUGUUAAUAACUUGGAUUUCUUCCA